AUGGCUCCCGCGUCGCGCGCCGGGGCCUGGCUCCGGCCCUCCCGCCGCCUUCCAUCGCGGGCCCGGCUGCUGUGCGUCGCCCUCUGCUUCCUGUGCUGGGCCCCGGCGGCCGUGGGCGGCGUCCCCGAGCUCGGGCUCUGGACCGCGACGGUCAGCGAUAAAUCAGGACCGCUGAUAUUUAGGAAAACUAUGUUUAACUCUACGGAUAUCAAGUUUUCUGUUAAGUCAUUCAGUUGUUCUGGGCCUGUGAAGUUUACCAUAGAGUGGCAUUUGAAGUACCAUAUCUGUCACAAUGAACAUUUUGAGCUGGAAGACCUGUCACGAAACCAUGAACUUAGUGUUGAUGAAGACUUUUGUGGUCAUUAUUUCAAGAACAUUGAUUGUUGGACAACAAAAAAUGAAAACUUAGAUUGCAACAGUGAUUUGCAGGUGUUCCCUUCAUUGAAUAAUAAAGAACUAAUAACAAGUAACAGAAAUGUUUCACACCACGACAGAUCAAUGGAUAUUGUAGCCAGAACACAGAGAGAUGGGUUUCAUAUCUUUAUUGUUUCCAUUAAAACGGAAAAAACAGAUGCACAGUGGAAUUUGAAUGUUUCUCUUUCAAUGGUGGGGCCUCAUGGAUAUAUCUCUGCAUCAGAUUGGCCUUUAAUGAUUUUUUACAUGGUGAUGUGUAUCGUUUAUAUUUUAUAUGGUGUACUCUGGCUAACAUGGUCUGCCUGUUAUUGGAAAGAUAUAUUAAGAAUCCAGUUCUGGAUUGCAGCUGUUAUUUUCCUGGGAAUGCUUGAAAAAGCCGUUUUUUAUAGUGAAUACCAAAAUAUCAACAGCACUGGACUAUCAACUCAAGGUUUAUUGAUAUUUGCAGAGUUGAUAUCAGCGAUUAAGAGGACAUUGGCUCGCCUCCUUGUGAUUAUUGUGAGCUUGGGUUAUGGCAUCGUGAAGCCUCGGUUGGGAACAGUCAUGCACCGGGUGAUUGGUCUGGGGCUGCUCUACUUCAUCUUCGCGGCUAUCGAAGGCGUGAUGAGAGUCAUUGGGGGUUCUAACCACUUAGCUGUUGUUUUUGGUGACAUUAUUUUAGCAGUCAUUGACUCCAUUUUUGUAUGGUUCAUUUUUAUAAGUUUGGCACAAACUAUGAAGACUCUAAGGCUAAGAAAGAACACAGUGAAAUUUUCUUUAUACAGGCACUUUACAAAUACUCUGAUCUUUGCCGUACUGGCUUCUGUAAUCUUUAUGGUGUGGACAACCAAGACAUUUAGAAUUGCAAAAUGUCAAUCGGAUUGGAUGGAACACUGGGUUGAUGAAGCAUUUUGGAGCUUUCUUUUUUCGGUUAUCCUUAUUGUAAUAAUGUUUUUGUGGAGACCAUCAGCAAAUAAUCAGAGAUAUGCCUUCCUGCCCUUAAUAGAUGAUUCUGAUGAUGAAGUUGAAGAAUUCAUGGUAACAUCUGAAAAUUUGACUGAAGGGAUAAAAUUAAGAGUCUCAAAGACGGCUGCCAAUGGAACCGCUAAACCUACUACUUCUGAUAAUUUUGAUGAAGAUUUGAAGUGGGUAGAAGAAAAUAUUCCCUCUUCAUUCACAGAUGUAGCUCUUCCAGUGUUAGUGGAUUCAGAUGAGGAAAUCAUGACCAGAUCUGAAAUGGCAGAAAAAAUGUUCUCCUCAGAAAAAAUAAUGUGAUUGGGACCAGUAUAAAUGAGACUGGCUAACGGUGAAGGACUCACUUAAGGCUCAAAGAGAGCUUUGUUUUGAUAUAGUGCAACAAGUUUUUAUUGCAUCAUCUUAGAAAUCUGUAUAUUAAAAUUAAAUAUCCGGGUGGUGGGAAGGCCAUGCAACCCUUCAUAAACUGACUCCUGACUGUCAGUUUAAUGUCCAUUAAAUUGCCUGGAAAAUAAGGAUGAUUAUGUGAUUAGUUUUGCCAAGUGUGCACGUGUGUGUGUGCACACAUUUGCACAAAGCCCUUGUUUGCAAAUAUCACCAUGCACAUCAAAUCAUGGAGUUAGGUCUUCUCUUUCUACGCUCUGGGGAACCUAACUCUCCAGAGAAAGUGAUUGUGAUGGUCACUUCCAGAGCUCUGCCAGUCCGCCCUGACUCAGGCUGUAUGUGCAUGUACUGCUGCGAAUCUGCCUGAGGCGGGUGGUGGGCACCCAGCCACAGGGCUCCCUGAGCACUUCUCCCCCACAAACUGGGUGACUCAUGACCAGUGAACCUUAGGGAACUUAGAACCUUAUCUUUUGUGUAAACUUGACAUACUUGGUUUUAUAAUAAAACAUUUAACUGCACAGCACAUCACUAUUAAUCUUUUCAUUUGUUAACCUUCAAUCAUGUUUAUACAAUAUUUUGUUACAUUUAUAUGUAAUGUGUGAUUUGAAAAGUUUUUUGAAAUGCAAAGUGUUCUAAACUUGAAAGGCAAUUGAAUGUAGCGUGACAGAAAUGUGAUGUUUUGCUCCUUUCAUGACCAAAGAUUCAGGGGUAGUGGACAUUUAGACUAGGAAUUAAAAUAAGAAUCUUGUAUGUCUUUCUUUUGAAGAGUUUUAAUCUUGUGCAUUAAGAAUGACUUCAGGGAUUGUUGAUUAAGAAACUUUAACGUCCUAAAUUUUAACAAGCAAAUAUAACCUUUUCUCUGGAUGUGAAGCUACAAAACAAAAGUUUUUCUUUUGCUUUUUCAAUUCAUUUCUUUCUUUCUCAUGUUACAGAAGUUUGUGAAAAUUUAUUUCAAGUAAUGGUAUCCUUGAAUAAUAUUUUCCAAAUUAAUUUCCUAUAGUGAAAUCCAGAUGUUGUCAAACAUCGCUCAAAAAAAGCAUGGGCUUCAAGAUGUCAGUACUUUACAAUAUCUGUCCUAGAGAAGGAUUUCUAAGUUAAUAGUGUGGACUCCAUUCCUUAUUUCAGUUUCUGCCCCAGGGACAGGGUCCCACCCACCCACUGCAUUGUCCCAGCAUUUAUGUCCAUUCUGGUUUUGGUGUAUGCCACCCUCCGCCCAGUUGUUUCAGAGUGGAGGUGACAUUGCUUCUUGUUCCCAGCAUUUUUGUCUAAUACCAUGCCUCACAUUUUGAGUCAGAUUACCGUCCAACUCAUCAUAUGAUUCUAAUUGAAUUUUAAAAUGCAGACUCCUGAGCUUCCAGCCAGUAGGAGUUGCAUAUUUAAUGAAGUCGGAGUAAGGAGUUGAUGGUAGGUGUGAUGAUAAAGUAAACGGCUUCAGACAUACUCUCCAUAGUAUUAUAAAAACACAUUUUCUACAACUGGGAAGAGAAAUGAGACUGCCUACAAGAUUCAGCUACAGGUUGAAAUGCAAACUUUUCUCAUUAGUUAGAGAAAGCAGAAUGCACUCCUCAUAGCUUUGAUAGAAAUACUGUUUCUCAAAGGACGUAUACUGAGUCUGUCACUUUUAAUAAUAGUGUGAUCUGUUGCUGUUUCAUGACCCUAAUUGAAUAUCCUAUGAAGGACCUUCUUAGAUAAACCCUGGAGCCAUAGAUGUACUUCACAUGAAGACACUGGGGAGAAAUUAUACCCAGGGCUACUGUACAGCUCAUUAUCCCUGCUUCUGCAUGAAGUUUCCAGAAACAUCAUCAAGGUCUCUGAGGCCAUCAGAUCCAUUCUUACAAUGCUGUCGAGAUGGGUGUCCCUAUUAAUGAAGGAAUCUGAGGAUGAGUCCAGUUUGUACAUGUUUCCAAAUAAAAUGGCUAAGUGUUCUUAUACAACUUAUGUAAGAUUUAUAUGAUGUGUGAAAUUUAUUUAAAAAUUUCAUGGUUUGAGUUAAAUUAGUAUUAAACUAUUUGAAUAUGUGAACUUUUUAAGCUGAAGAGAUAUGAUAUUCCCUUCCCUUGUAAAAAUAUAAAUUACCGAAAUUUUUCAUAUCCCAUAGAGAAUACUGACUUCCCCCCUGUAAUAUAGGACAAAAUUAUUGUACAUUGUUUGCACUACUGUAAUGUCAAGACAAAGUAUAAAAAUGUAAAUAUAAAGUUGAUUUUUAAUUCCUUUUUUAAGGGGUUUGAGUUAUUAAAUUAGGUUAUACAUGACUGGUUUAAAGUUGAGACAUGUUAUACUAAAUUUAUAUAUCACUUGGCUGGGUACUUUUGUCUUUGUCUGAUCAACAGCAUGCAAUAAGCAAUACAAAACACCAAGCCUUACAAGUUUAACAUAUUGGUUAAAGUUCUAAACAUAUCAAAUAUACAUGUGACAAAGCUAGAUUUUUAAGGAAAUGUAUAUUAUAAUGCAGGGCUCACUACUGCAUUAAACAGUGUCUUUAGAACUAGGAAAACAUUAUCUGGGGAGAAAGUUUAGGGGUGUAAGAAGUUAUAUUUUUCUAUUUUAAAAGGUUAAAUUAUUGUAUAAUUUGGAAGAAAUUGUUUUGAUUGUAGGACAAAACUAUUUCAAAGAUUUUUGUUUGAAAAAAUUAAUGUAUUUUUGUGCCUUAAUAUUCUAACUUUUAAUAAAAUACCUUCUGGAAUUUUGCAUGAAUGCCUGUUAAUAUCUACUAAGGUAUAAAUGUAUAGGAAAUAUAGAUUCCAGUAAAUUGCAGGACAUAAGGUUCUUAAGAGGUACAACUAAUUAACAAGCAUGGAAAAGUGUUCAACCUCAAUAGUGAUCACAGAAAUACAAAAUAAAGGAAUUCACAAAUUAAAUUUAAAAAU